CCUCAGCCGCCAUUGGCUGGCUCUGAGAUCACUUAUUCCUUGUGUUGUGUCUGUGGCCAUAGCUAUGAGCUGACACGUCUAAGCCGCAUCCCUUGCCUUCUGUCCCCGGGGGAGGGGUGUGUUUGCAUUCGCUCGGAUAACAUGAUUUCCCUCAACAUGGACCAUGAAGACGUCCCGGAGUUCCUGAGCCCGAAGGAGGAGAUUUUGUAUUGGAAAAAACUGUCACAGACUUAUAAACAGAGUUUUCAGGAAGCGCGGGACGAGUUAGUGGAGUUUCAGGAAGGGAGCAGGGAAUUGGAAGCAGAGCUGGAGACUCAGCUUGUACAGGCGGAGCAAAGGAACCGCGAUUUGCUAUCGGACAACCAAAGGCUGAAGUACGAGGUGGAAAGUUUAAAGGAGAAGCUUGAACAUCAGUACUCGCAGAGCUACAAGCAGGUGUCCCUCCUGGAGGAUGAGCUGAGCCGUGCUCGAAAUAUCAAGGACCAGCUCCACAAGUAUGUCAGGGAGUUGGAACAGGCAAACGAUGACCUGGAAAGAGCCAAACGGGCGACGAUCGUGUCUCUGGAAGACUUCGAGCAAAGGCUGAACCAGGCCAUCGAAAGAAACGCUUUCUUGGAGAGCGAGCUUGAUGAAAAAGAGUCUUUGUUGGUGUCGGUACAAAGAUUAAAGGACGAGGCGCGAGAUUUAAGGCAGGAAUUAGCUGUACGGGAAAGACAGACGGACGUGAGAAAAUCCGCACCGAGUUCUCCGACUUUGGAUUGCGAGAAGACCGACUCGGCCGUCCAGGCGUCCUUGUCUUUACCCGCCACACCCGUGGGCAAAAUCCCAGACAACAGCUUUAGCUCUCCGAAAGGUAUACCUAACGGUUUUGGUACCACCCCCCUGACUCCGUCCGCCAGGAUAUCUGCACUUAACAUUGUGGGGGAUCUCUUAAGAAAAGUUGGUGCCUUAGAAUCUAAGCUUGCUGCAUGCAGGAACUUUGCCAAGGACCAGGCCUCCCGCAAGUCCUACGUCCCAGGGAGCCUAAACAGCAGUAGCAGCAGCACGAGCAGCAUAGUAAACAGUGGAACAAAGUACUCCCACUCCGGGCACACAACCUUCUACGAUAAGGGGCAGGAAACGGUCAUUUUCCCCACGUUGUUUAUGGUGGACUGUUACAGGCGGGAGGCCGUAAGGUCACUGGAGCAGCACUUUCCAGGAGCUGUACCUUACCCGUAUCACCCCAGACUGAUAAGCGGGCCGUAUUUAACAUUGUAGG